AUGCUGCAAAUUGAAAUUAUUACAACACCACACCACUUUUUUUACUCGCAACAACACUUUACUCUACUCUGCUUUCAAGAUUUUUUUUUCAUAAUGGUUAAAUUAACAUUAGUAUCAGGACAAAAAAAGAGAUUUACAAAUGAUGGAUUCAAUUUAGAUCUUGGUUAUAUCACUGAAAGGAUUAUUGCAAUGGGAUAUCCAGCAGAUUCAUUGGCAAAGGUCAUUCGAAAUGAUAUUUCACAUGUCUAUGAUUUCUUUGAAACCUAUCACAAAGAUCAUUGGAAGAUUCUAAAUGUGGCACGUGAAAUUUCAUACAAACAUACAAAAUUGGGUGGCAAUGUUGUCAUUAUGGCAUUUGAAGAUCAUUCUCCUCCUCCUUUUUUAACAUUAUUGGAUAUCAUAGAUUGGAUGGAUCAAUGGUUAUCAUCUGAUCAAAGAAAUGUUGUUGCUAUUCAUUGUAAAGCUGGAAAGGUUUCAUGUUAUUUAAUUUAUAUGUUGAAAAGAGAUUGUCAAGAAAUAUUUGAUACAUCGGAUUCUAUAUUAUUAAAUACAAUCAGUUUUUUUAAUUCAAUGAGAAGUAUCAAUGGACAACCAUGUGUAACAGUACCAUCACAAAAAAGAUAUAUUGGUUAUUAUAUUUCACAUCUCAAAGGACUUGUACCAAAAGAAUUAAUCAUUAAACCUCCACUUUACAAGAUUACCUCUAUCGAAAUUUGUAGUAAUAGUUUUAUAACUUCUAUAGAAUUACAUAAAAAUUAUAAUCCAAAUAUUAGAUCAUUACCUUUAAUAUUUCAUAAAAAUAAUACAAUUAUAAUUGGAAAUGAUAAAUAUAUGAGAUUUGAAUUAAAACAUAUAAUUAUUCAAGGAGAUACAAUGAUGAAAUUUAAUAUGAGUGAUUCAAAUACAUGUGUAUGUAGAUUAUUUUUCCAUACUUCAUUUGUAACACCACCAAUAGAUACGAAUGGCAACAAGACAACAUCGAUCGUUUUCCCAAAAAUGCUAUUGGAUGGACCUUCACAUGGAUCUUUGGAAGAUAGUAGUAUUAGUAGUAAAUUCAAACCAGACUUUCAAAUUAAUUUACAUCUUGAAGCUGUCAAUGAACCAUUACAACUAUCAUCCCAACAACAACAAAUAGUUUAUAAUUCACCAACAUUUGCAACAAGACCUAUAACUCAUCCUCAAAUGAGUCAACAACAAUCUUUAUCAUCAUCAUCAUCAUUUAAUCUACCGCCUCCACCAGUACCUGAUAGAAAGAUAAUAAUGUUUAAGAAUAAUAUAUUUUAUAUUAAUAAAAAGGGGAUUGGAAGAUUACAACAAAAUAUUAUUCAAACUAAAAUCAUAUCAAAUGGAGGAACAAUUUGUCAACAUAUUACAACACUAACAACUCAUAUACUUGUUCAAGAUUCUACCUCUAUCAUAGAUCCUAUCACUCUUUCAUCUGAUUUUAAAGAUUUAAUUUUAUCUAAAUCAAUUGUAGGAUAUACAAUCAAUUGGUUAACAUUAUCAAUUCAAAAAGGUGAAAAGAUAAUUGAUGAUGCAAAGUUUUUGAUACCGUUACAUUAUCAACAACAACAACCGAUUGAUCAAUCUACACCAACAAAGAAAAAUGUACAUUAUAAUGAACCAAUAGAUGAUAUUACAACAAGGCAAUUAAAAAGAUCAAAAAAUGAUUCUUUUUCUUCUUCUUCUUCUUCUUCUUUAUCAUUUUUACCAACUCUAUCACCUAUUAAAAAAUCAUCAUCAUCAACAAACUACUAUCAAAUACCAACAAAACUAGAAGAUAUUGAUAUCAAUUCAUCUUGGUUAUCAUAUCAAUCAUCAAGUGAUGAUGAAUCAACAAAAUCAAUUGAUAAUUCAACAAUUGAUUAUUCAUUUGUAUCAUUUGAUUCAGAUGGAGAAGAGGACCAAUUAAUUUCACAAUCAUUAAUUUCAAAUAGUUUAUUUACAAGUCAAUUACCAUAUUCAUUAAAAUUUCAACCAAAUCAUCAAGAAGAAGAAGAAGAAGAAUCAAUUAAUAAUAAUAAUAAUAAUUCAACACAAUCAUUAAUUAAAUAUACAAAAAGAGCAAAAGGAUUUGCAUGUCAAAAAGGUACAAAAAUCAAUUAUAAUGAAAGUAUAACAUCGGUAUUGGAAAAACUAUUGGAAAAGGCAUUGGGUGAUGGUGAUCGUUGGAGAGAGUAUGCAUAUAAACGAGCUAUUGGUAUUUUAAAAGGUUUAACCUUUAAAUUAUCGUCAUCAAAAGAUUUGGGUGACAUUCGAGGAAUUGGUCCAAAGAUUAGAGAAAAGAUUGAUGAAAUUAUAGAAACUGGAACUCUUAGACGUGUUGAAAGUUCUCUAUCUGAUACUACCAAUCAAAUCUCACAAGCUCUAUUGAAAAUUCAUGGUGCCGGUCCAAAUACAGUUAAAAAUUGGAUGGCUGCAGGUGUCGUAUCCAUUCAACAACUAAGACAACACAUUUUAAUUGAUCCUCUAUUCUUGACUUCUCAACAACAUAUUGGUCUAAAAUAUUAUGAAGAUUUUUUAACUAGAAUUCCUCGUCUUGAAGUUAUUAAUAUUGUCUCUAUUAUUGAAAAUGUAGUAAAAGAAUUGGAUCCAAAUAUAAUAAUGGAAGUUUGUGGAUCAUUUAGAAGAAUGAAAAAGGAUUGUGGAGAUAUUGAUAUAUUGUUUACUCAUUCAAAAGGUGAAAUAUUGAAUGGAUUGUUGAGAAGACUUACUCUUAAAUUAGAAUCUAUCAAUCUCCUCACAGAUCAUCUAACUAGUGUAAAAUCAGAUAGUGACAAGUAUAUGGGAGUUUGUAGAUUGGGUCCAGAUGGUCUACAUCGAAGAAUUGAUUUUCAAACCAUAUCCAAAGAAGAAUGGCCUUUUGCUUUACUUUAUUUCACUGGAUCCGAUCACUUUAAUCGUUCGAUGAGACUUUGGGCAAGAAGAAAUGGUUUCUCGCUCAGUGAAUCUCAUCUGGUCAGGAGAAUGGGUAAAAAUGAAAACGAAAUCAAAGGUGACCCUAUUCAUGCUUCUUGUGAAAAAGAUAUCUUUGCUCUACUUGGUUUGGAAUAUCGUCAUCCUCAAGAUAGAGAGGUUUAA